UACUAGUGCUCCGUUGAGUGUGCUUGUAUUCGAGUUCUACCUGUCAGUUGACAUUCCAAAUUUGUCGUGUAAACAUUUUACCUUCUGGAUUUUAAACCGUUUCAUCACUACCCUCUACAAAAUGUCUACCACUUCUAUCAACUAUUCGUAUUUCAUCAAUGCUAAAUCUCAUAGAAGAAGACCGGCUUUGACCAGAGAAAUAACUAAAAGACAAUACAACAGUCCCAAAGAACAAAUUUCUCUUGCCGAAGGUGUUCCUAAUGAAAUAACCUUCCCUUUCGAAUCGAUUACGAUAAAAUUAAAAGAUGGUUCUAAAUUUGAUAUCGUUGGACAAGAAUUGGCGUCUGCUCUUCAAUAUAUUCCUACUCAAGGAUACCCGCCGUUGGUGAAAUCGGUUAAGGAAUUUACGAACAGCGUUCAUAGUCCACCAGGAUGGGAUCGAUACGAGACAUUGAUUACAAACGGAUCUCAAGAUGGCAUGAGUCGUGUUCUGGAAAUGAUUUUGGAAGAAAAUGAUAGUAUGCUAGUACAAAAUCCUUAUUAUGCUGGAGUCGAAGCUAUCAUAAAGCCUCUUAAUAUAAACGUAGUUGGAGUAGACGAAGAUGAAUUUGGAAUCGUUCCUCAAAAACUCAUUGAUGCUUUGGAGAACUGUAAAAAAUACACAGAAGAAGGUGGAGGGAGAAUGCCUAAAGUCAUUUAUUUAAACCCAACAGCGUCAAAUCCAUCCGGGAGAACAAUUCCACUGGAACGGAAGAAAGAAAUUUACGAAAUUUGCUGCAAAUAUAACAUAAUUAUUUUGGAGGAUGACGCAUAUUAUUUUCUACAUUUCCUCGAUCAACAACCAAUCUCAUUUCUCAGUUUGGAUACAGAAGGAAGAGUUAUCAGAUUGGAUUCUAUGUCGAAAGUUUUGAGCUCGGGGUUGAGACUCGGUUGGGUUACUGGACCGAAGAGACUUAUUCAAAACAUCGAAAUACACAUUUCUAGUUGUAUUUUGCAUUCUAGCGUGCUUUCUCAGGUAAUUCUGGAGAACCUCUUUAAGAAAUGGGGAGCCAGCGGUCUCAUUUCAUACUUUUCAAAAGUGGCUUCGUUCUAUCGAGCCCGUCGCGAUUUUACCAUGGCCUGUAUGGAAAAACACCUCAAAGGUCUAUGUGAAUGGGAAGUUCCAUCUGGAGGAAUGUUCGUUUGGUUCAAAAUUCUUGGCGUUUCCGAUGUUUACGAAAUGUUAUUAACGAGAGGUUUGAAAAAACAUAUAACCUUCAUUCCUGGACAAAAUUACAUGGCCGAUCCGACAGCUGCGUGUAAUUACGUUCGAGCGUCUUACAGCAAAGCUAGUCUCAAACAAAUUGACAAAGCGAUGCAAACUUUAGCCGAGUUGAUUCGAGAGGAGCACUUGUUGCUGCGCAGGAAAUUGGAUAGUUUGGACGAUGAAAUAAUAAUAAGAUAGAUCCUAUAUGGAUAAUAGCGCAGAAAUGAAUGCUUACACUGAUAAUUUGAUGAAACGAUACUUCAUCAAAUUCAUUCGCUGGAAACUCGCCUAGAAGUUUCUAAUUCCGAUAUCUUUUUUAAAAUGGAAGAGAUACUAUUAGAUAUUGUACAUAAUGGGCAAUUAAAGUUCAUUUAAAUUUGUAUAAAAUAAGAAAGUGUGUUCAAGUUUAUUAUCAUUUAAAUUAUAUUUGAAACAAUCAACAAUAUAAAGCAAAUUAUGUCGAGAUAUAUUAUUAAUACCGUUGAUAUUACAUUUGCUGGUAUUAAAUUUGAUCAAACUUUUCUUAAAAUACUAGUAUAAUCUUCAAACAAGAACUUGAACGUUGCCAGAGAAUUUCCUUCUUGAAUUGUUAACAUUCAGUAGAAUUACGAGAAUAUUAUUUAUAACUGCGCUACCUUUGAUGAGUUAUUAUUAUUGUACAUAUAUAGAUAAAUUUAUUACGGUACGAUUUUUCAUCAGUAGUGUUAGUCUAAGAUGUAAUUUUAAUCCAUGAGUGUUUGGAAACAAUGUUUAAAUCAACAAAUAUAAUAAAUAUAUUGAAUUUA